ACACGGACGCGCUGGGAUUUUUUUUCUCUUUUCAGUUCCCGGACGGAGAAAAAGCCGUGAAGUUGCCUACAAGUAAGUAAUCGGCUGGAGGAAGUGAACGUGAGAUAGCUGCUGCAGUCCGAUGGUGCUGCAGGAAGAUUUCGUCAUGAUCCAAGUGUCGAUACCAUCGAUGGAGAGGGAAGUGGAUGAGUCGGGAAAGUCCAGAAAGCUUUUCAGAGUUGAAGUCUUGUUUCAUGAGAGGAAACAUUAUGUGCUCAGAAGAAACAGUGAGUUCCAGACUCUGCACAGAAAACUCAGGAAGAUCAUCCAGACUCCAGAUUUCCCAAGCAAAAGAAAUCCCCAUCUGAGGACCAAACCUCUGGAGCAGAGGAGGCAGGAGCUGGAGGAUUACAUCCAGGAGAUCAUCUAUCAAAAUGAAGAUGUGCCACAGGUGCUGCUGGACUUCCUCCAUCUGAAACAUUUCCACACAGGGAAUAAGAUCAGCAGCAUGGAGUCACUUGAUGAAUUGGACAGUCAGGAUUACAAUUUUCAGUUGCCACAUCAGCGAGUGAUUGGAUUCUUUCAGGAUCCUUAUCUCUCCAACUGCACAUCAGGUCUCCCAGAUGUUAUUGUGGAUGGGGUGCUUCAGGGUUUUUACCCCCGGGACGUCCGGGUCAGCUUCACCUCCUCCACGCUCCCUGAGCCAGACUCCACCACUUCUAUAGAGGCCUGAACACAGACAGCAGAGUCAAAUCCACAAAACCACGAAUGAAAAAGCCAUCUGCAUACAACAAGUUGACGUAAAUGAACAGUUUUUGUAUGGCUGGUCCCGGUGGGAUUGAAACCAUCACCUGGUCUUUUUUGAGGCAGUGCUUUACCCAUUGUGCAAUUUUAGUUUCUCACAUUUAGUCAAACAAGUCGUCAGACUCACUCAGUGUGUGUCAGUGUUUUUUAGCCGUGAAGAUGUCAAAUUGAUUUUAAUCAUGAUUACUGACAUUACAAUGUUGCCAAAGCAAAUAUGAACCCAGUAAAGUGCUUCCUGAACGUCUGUAAUUCAUUUUAGUGAUACUGUAAAUAGUUAGAUGUGAAUUUGUUUUAAAAUAAAGGACUAAUGACAAUAUUUCUACUUGAAGUUUAGGGAAAGGGACUGGUUUGUUUUUUUUGUUGUUUUUUUUUUUUUGGAGGGGGGGGGGGUUGGUCAUAGUAACUGACCUAUUGAGAUGUUUGGGUGGGCCCAAGAAAAUGACUAGCUGCAUUGAGCAUAAAGUGACGUAAUGUAAUGUUUUGGGCAUGUGUGUGCUUUUGUAUCAUGUUCUUUAUGUUGAAAGUGGAAUAAAGAAUUAAAUAGGACUCAA